AAGACGGGGCAGAAGUGGGUCUGGCUUCCCUAGUUCGACAUAUACUACAUAGUUACUAUGUAGUUACUACAUGCGACAUAUCCAUGAGGACGAUCGAGUGCAUUUUCCUCAUUGGACACUGGACAAGCCUCCUUGGUGUCAACGGCUGGAGAAGGGGUUCCUCCUUUAUCUUCUAUCUCCCUGACAGCGGGAGUAGAAGACGAACUCUAUUGCGCUUCCGUUUCUUCAAACACCACCACCACCACAAAGACAUCGGCUAUCACGGUCAAAGAUGGUCAACGACUAUCGUCCAGCCCUCAACGCUGUCGGCUGGAGCUUUGGAGCUCUCGCCACCUUUGUGGUGUUUUCCCGCAUCUAUUGCCGAGCCUUUGCGGUGCAAAAGCAAGGGUGGGAUGACUGGCUGAUGGUGUUUGCCUGGGCGGCAGCUAUUGUGACCACAGCGCUGGUGACGGUUUCCACCACCUACGGCUUUGGCAUCCACGAAGCGGACAUCACCAGCGUAAGCGAUCUCGAGAAUGCAAUCAAGUACAUCCUCAUUGCACCCGCGAUCUCGCUGCUUGCCUCGGCGUCAGCCAAACUGUCCGUCGUGCUAUUCCUGCUACGACUGCUCGGGUUGGCGGCGACCAUCCCCCAUCGCAUCAUCCUGUACACCACCACUGCCCUCAUGAUCGGAGGCAAUAUUUUCGCCAUGGUCGUUCUGCUGGGCUAUUGCAACCCGCCUCGCAAGGCUUGGGAUCCCACCGUGGAAGGGACCUGCAUGUCGGCGCAGGUUCUGAAUAUUGGCGGACGGGCUGUGACAGUUUACAAUGCCUUUAUGGAUCUCCUGUGCGCCGCCUUCCCGGUCCUGAUGCUCUGGACUUUGAAUAUGAGAUCGAAGAUGAAAUGGGGUCUCGCCGUUGUCAUGAGCGGAGGCGUCCUACAGCUGGGCCAUGAUUGCAAUUUGGUACAUGACGGAGGUACUUCGGACACAAUCAUGCCCCCCUUCUCUCUUCUCUCUUCUCUCUUCUUUCGGGUUGUUGGCUCAAUCUAACUCGGUCUAUAUCACAGAUGUACGCGAUCAUCAUUGCAGGCUCCAUCCCCACCCUUCGCCCGCUCUGGGCCCUCAUCCGCAAUAAAGAAUAUCAUUCCGGGGAGUCCUACCCCCUGACCCGCAAAACGAAGGGCGGCAGUUCGACAACGCCGCGGAAGAAGAGCGGUUCAAAGGAUACCCCCGUCGAGGGAAUCAUCACCAUGGAACUCCGGGAGUUGGGCACGACUAACAUUGGUGAUGAGGAUGCCAAAUCUCAGGAUAAUAUUUUGGUGGGUGCCGUGGCACAUGCUUGAUGGUUGAUCCUUGGAACAGAAUACAAGGUUUUGGGGGGGGGGAAGUCUUUUUCGGAAAAAGUACCUUUCUUUUUCUAUUUAUAAUCUCGGCUACGCUUUCGGGAGUUCAAAAUUGGGGGAUCAUAGAUCAUAGUCAUCAUAUUCAUGAAUAGUGUCUAAUAAUGUAUCAAGGAAAUACAAAGACAG